AUGUUUAAACAAUCGAUUUAUUUAAUUUUAUUAUUAAAUAUUUUUUCAUCUACAAUGCUAGUGCAAGCCGAUUGUACUCAACAAUUGGCAAGCUACUUUAACUUUAAUAGUCAUUUGCUACAGAUGACAGCUGUCAUGAGAAACGGCCAGGUAUUUUACACUCGUCAAACUAUAACACCAUUCAAUGUUGGACCGAAUAUUUUAAUGUUGACCAAUGGAAAUUCCUUCGAUGUAUUGUGCUCCGAUAACAAUAAGUGUGUCAAUGGUGCCUCCCAAACAUUUUCCACUAAAAUCAACAGUUUCUUUGAUGCCAAAGGAAUCAAUAUUUACCCAAACGGACAAGUUAAUCUAUACCCACUCUGGAGGAUUCCAGCCGACCCAGUCUACAGAUUCAACUUGACAUGCUCACCAACUUCCAAUGUGUUCUAUGGAUUCGCCCAAGAAAAUUAUUUCGCUUUCAGUUUUGUAAAUGGAACAACUGUUGGAUCAUCAUGUUAA